AUGCCUCCGGAGUACGCUUUAAAGGGUUUGUUUUCUGUGAAGUCUGAUGUUUUCAGCUUUGGUGUUAUUGUGCUCGAGCUGAUAAGCGGGAAAAAAAAUAGUGGUUUCCACCUUACACAAGAUUCUCAGACGCUGCUGGAAUAUGCCUGGAGACUAUGGCAUGAAGAAAAGGGUUUGGAGUUCAUAGAUCCUCUGUUGAAUAAUUCAUGUCCAACAUCAGAAGUUUUGAAAUGUCUCCUUAUAGGGCUUUUGUGUGUUCAAGAAGAUCCCAAGUACAGACCUACUAUGUCAUCUGUGGUUAUGAUGUUGAAGAAGAGACUCGAUGCCCUGCCUCAACCUAGACAACCUGCCUAUGCUAUGGGGAGCAAGAGCAUUGAAUCAGAUCCAUUUUCAGUAAGUGGUGAGAGUUCUUCGGUAAAUGAGGCUACUUUUUCUAGUUUUGAACCUAGGUGA